CUAAAUGAAAACUUCUGUUGAUUUCCAUACAAAGACAUUUUUGGGAUUCCACAAUGAUUAUCCGGAAAUUAGCAUGAAACACUUGGCAAAAACAUGAGUCGGUACCGGAUCAAUUCUGAACCAAAGGGGCCGACACCGAUAGUCAUAUACACGUCACAAGUUAAGGAUGAUUAACUCUUCCACCUGUCUGUCUUUUCAAAAAGUUCGUUCACAUCGAGAGGUGUCUGUGUUCCUGGAAAUUAUUCAAAAAAUAUGGUAAUGCGACAUAUCCAGUGGUACCCCCAUAUAUUUCAGCGUAACUGUACCUUAGAGUAAACAAUUAUUAUAAAAGAAGUCAAUAACAAAAAACACCAUUGUCUUAUGUGCAACGCCAAAAUGAUUCCCUUCUUACUUUUCAUCUUGUUCCAAGUUAGUUUGAACGUUGAGAGUUUCACGAUUGAGGCCUUGCAUGAUCACAUGACUGAUUCCGAGUUGGCAUAUUAUUUUCAAAAUAGUGAUAGAGUCCGGGUGCCCAAAUACGAAAUCGUCUAUCUACCAACAAUAAUACCCCUUCGAGAAGCUGAUCGGUACGAAGCUGAUGAAAGUGAGGAUGAAGCUAUCGAGUAUAAGUUUUCUGCAUUUGAACAGCCCGUUUCUCUCAAACUGAAGAGAAACAAAAAUUUAAUAGCUCCCAAUUUCAAGACCGUCAUAACAAAUGGCGAUUAUGAUACCGAAAUUAUCACCAAUCAUUCUAAAAACUGCCAUUAUCUUCACGAAGACGACAGUUCGGUAGCAGCCAUCAGCAUCUGUCAGCCUCAAUCUAUCCAAGGAAUCAUAGUUUUGAAGAACGAAACACUAGAAAUUCAUCCCUUAACAGAACGACUUCAACGUUUAAUGAAACUUCGAGAGCCUCUUCUGGAAUCCAUUGACGGCUUCGAUUUCGAUGAGAAAGUUCCGCAUCUGAUCAAGAGGGCCAAUUUUCCUUCAGGCCGUCUAGAUGAUAUUUUUCCAGUAUCUGGCAAUAUGCUGGAUACCAAUGAUCAAUUAAUAGAUAUUGAUACCUCAGAAGAACUGAUAUUUGAUUUCAACGCGAAAGAAGCGGUUAACACCAGACCAGUAGGGGGAUUAACACUAGAAGUGGCGAUGUUUUUCGACGAAGUGGCCUAUAAAAUGUUUGCACCCUUCAUGGAUUACGAUAAUAACAAGUUGCAGGACAUGCUUCUAGCUUACCUUAAUGGUGUCCAAGCUCUCUACCAUCAAGCUAGUCUUGGCACACCCCUUGAAAUAACUUUAGUUAGACUGGAUAUAAUGAAGAAUCAACCGCCAAAAAUGUACCAUCACAACGGAGAAAGAUCGAAAUUGCUGGAUUCAUUCUGUGAAUACCAAAAUAGUUUGAAUCCCGUUUCUGAUUCAGACCCUGAUCAUUGGGAUAUGGCUCUCUACGUAUCGGGAUUGGACUUUUACGCUAUGGAGAAUGGCAAAAAAAGCGGAGCAACUAUGGGGCUGGCAACUGUUGGGGGUGUUUGCCAUCAACAGUAUGCAUGCAUCAUUGCUGAACUUGGAACUACCAACGCUUUUGGAAAACCUUAUCCUAGUGCUGGAUUCACCAGUGUUUAUAUCCUAGCUCACGAGAUUGGACAUAACUUGGGAAUGCACCACGACAGUAUGGGUAACUCAUGCUCUAAAGAAGGAUACAUAAUGUCACCUUCCAGAGGAACCAACGGGGAAACGCAAUGGUCUUCGUGCAGUGCUAAAGUUAUGUCGAAAUUAGGCUGGGCGACUUGUUUGCGAGACGGAGGUAAAUACUCUAAGCAUUUGGACCACAAAAAGUUCUUAGAUCAUCCGGGGCAAAAAUAUACAGCGAAGAAACAGUGUGAAAUAUUACUCAGAGAUAAAGAUGCUGUGGCAUCCCCCAAUCAAGAUCCCUCCAAUAUUUGUUAUAACUUACAGUGUAAAACUCCACAUAGGAGUGGAUAUUAUUUCGCUGGGCCAGCACUGGAUGGUACAACCUGCGGAAACAAAAAGAUCUGCUUCGGUGGAGAGUGCUUGAGUAGAAGCCUCCCAGUACCUACGCAAGUCGUUCCAGGAGGAUGGAGUCCUUGGAAGGAGGGAACGUGUAAAUCAUCGUGUAUCGAAAAAUCUAAAGGGUACACCACCAAACGAAGAAUCUGUAAUAAUCCACCACCAGUAAACACCGAUCUUGGAUGUGAAGGUACUAGCGUUGAGUUCGCUACAUGUAGGGAUGAAAAGAUAUGCAAAAAGAGAAUAAGUGUCGUUGAAUAUGCUUCAAAAAAAUGCAAAGAGUUUUCCAAGGUUUUGUCAGAAUUGGACCCGAAAGGAAGCGGCUUGCAGGCCCCACACGAGGAAGGAAGAAUAUGGAUGGGAUGUGCUAUUUUCUGUAAGCGAGGGGAUUCUGGAACUUUCUACACCCCUAGAAUAGAGUUGAAUGAUUUGGGGAUCUCUCCGUAUUUUCCUGACGGUACCUUAUGCCACAGAGAGAACAAUCAGAAGUACUACUGUAUGCAUCAUCAUUGUUUGCCCGAGAAUUUCGUAUUCACGAAGUCAUCAUCCUCUUUACUGUUCGGAUUGGGAGAUGAUGUUCCCUUUUCCCAAAACGCCCAUCCAAAUGAAGUUGUUCCACCAGAAAUAAAAAGCUAUUUGUCUUUGGAUUCGCAAGGAAACCCUCUCAUGACUAGUUUGGGUUCGACAAAACUUAAAAGUCAAGAUUGGGAAAGUAAUGACUACAUAGAAAUACCAGAGCUGACGCAAAGGUUGAAAGGAGUUUUUCCCGAUUACAUGAAGUGAAUUGUGUAUUUUAUUAUUCAUGAAACAAACUUUUUGUACUUUUUUAGGAAAAUAAAAUA